ACACGUGUGCAUCGUUGUCGUUUUCCUCUGCUUCCAUUGAGCUUCGAUGGCGUUGUAUCGAAGCAUCACAGAUGGUAUGGUGGGAGCAAGAAAGGAAAGCGAUAAUCGAACUGAUUAAGCUGAUUAAGGAAGGAAAGGAGUUGAAAAGGGAGGGAGGGAGGAAGAAGAAGAAAAAGAGGUCAACGAAAGAGGAUAUGAAGCUCUCUGCGUUGCAUCAGAGCUACUUAAAUCGCCGGAAUAACAGCUUCAGAUCUCCGGCGGCGCUUGAUUCUUCCGUCGACGGCUCCGGGAAGUCUCUAGCCGCCGUGUUUUGGCUCGUUCUGCACUGUCUCUGCUGCUUGAUUAGUCUAGUCCUCGGAUUCCGAUUCUCGAGAUUGGUCUUCUUCUUCCUCUUCUCUACUUCCUCCACGAAUCUCUACUCUGCUCCGUUUCGCCCCGACUUACCUCUCAAACACCUCGAUGUCCGCACAAUCGGCCGCAAUCUGGAUCCCUCUCCGGUAAUCGGAGCUAACUCGACGGCGACAGCGGCUACGAAGAGCUCGCGAGUCGUCGUCGGGAGACACGGGAUCCGGAUCCGUCCUUGGCCGCAUCCGAAUCCGGCUGAGGUGAUGAAAGCGCAUCAGAUCAUCGAGAGGGUGCAGAAGGAGCAAAAGACGGUCUUCGGGAUGAAAAGCAGCAGGACGGUUAUCGCCGUGACGCCGACUUACGUGAGGACUUUCCAGGCGCUGCAUUUGACCGGCGUGAUGCACUCGUUGAUGCUCGUACCGUACGAUCUGGUCUGGAUCGUGGUUGAAGCUGGUGGCGCUACGAAUGAGACCGGUUCCAUCAUCGCUAAGUCAGGUCUCAGGACGAUCCAUGUUGGGUUUAACCAGAGAAUGCCUAAUACUUGGGAGGAUCGUGGCAAAUUAGAGGUCUUGAUGAGACUUCAAGCUUUGAGGCAAGUUUCUAAAAAUUAUCUCUUUUGCUUACUUGAAAUUAGUGGAAUAGUUGUGAGGGAAGAGAAGCUUGAUGGGAUUGUGAUGUUUGCGGAUGAUAGUAACAUGCAUAGUAUGGAGCUGUUCGAUGAGAUUCAGAGAGUGAAGUGGUUCGGUGCUGUCUCCGUUGGGAUAUUGGCGCAUUCGGGGAAUGCAGAGGAGAUGGUUAUGUCGAUCGAAAAGAGGAAAGAGAUGGAGGAGGAAGAGAGCUCUUCGAUACCGGUACAAGGUCCUGCGUGUAACUCAACAACCGGUGAGCUGAUCGGUUGGCACGUUUUCAACACGCUGCCGUACGCUGGGAAGAGCGCGGUUUAUAUAGACGAUGUUGCUGCGGUUUUGCCCCAAAAGCUAGAGUGGUCUGGGUUUGUGUUGAACUCGAGGUUGCUCUGGGAGGAGGAAGGUGAGAGUAGGCCAGAGUGGGUUAAGGAGUUUGGGUCGUUGAAUGAGAACGAAGGCGUGGAGAGUCCUUUGUCUCUGUUGAAUGAUCCUUCGAUGGUGGAGCCUCUUGGAACCUGUGGAAGACAGGUUCUGCUAUGGUGGCUUCGUGUUGAAGCACGCGCUGAUAGCAAAUUCCCUUCUGGAUGGAUAAUUGAUCCUCCACUAGAGAUCACAGUCGCGGCUAAACGCACUCCAUGGCCAGAGUUUCUACCUGAGCCACCUACUAAAAAGAGAGAUCAAAUGCCAUUACCCCGAGGCAACAACGUCGUGGUGAUACCGAAGCAGCAACAUCCUGGCAAAAUCCGAAAACCGAAACGCAGGAGUAAGAGAAAUAAACACGAACCUAAACCAACGGAUACAACAUUACUAGUCUCUUCUUCAUCUUCGUCUAAGCAGCAUCAAGAAAGGAAC